AUGGCGUGGUUCGUCGCGUUACACGUUGACCAACAGAAGCGGUUCGAGGCCGACGCGCGCGAGGAGGUCAGCACGGUGGACGAAAAGUUAGAGCCGAACGGGUGGUUAUACCGUGUCGGGUGGACGAGGGAUUUGGAAGGGUUGAACAAGAUGCAGUUGCAGGAGGCCACGCGACCGAUCGAGGACGGGGAGGAGACGUUACGGAACGU